AUGGGAGGCAAAUACAGGAAGUUUCUCGAGCUCAAGGAUGCCGAGGCCUGGCUCCGAAAGAACAACCCAUCUGCUCCUCUCACCCUCCGACAAGUGGCCUCCGACUCUAUAUCCUCUCACCUCGCCGCUGCCCCAGCACCGUCCAUGCCGUCGAAUGCGCCCACGACCCCAUACUCGACAGGCUUCCCUAGCAUCUCAGCAAGUGUCUCUCAUUCUCGGGUCAACGAACAUGCCAGGCCUACCGCAAUUGUUCACGCUCCAGUUGUUGUUGCACCCACUCGUGCACCUCCAAGCAUCUCUGCUCCCCCUGCCAUAACCUGUUCGGCCGACCCUCAGCCUUUGGUGAUCUACACGGAUGGAUCGAGCAGAGGGAACGGGACGGCCGGGUCGAGGGCGGGUGUAGGUGUCUGGUGGGGAGACCAAGAUCCACGCAACCUUGCUGAGCGGUGUCCCGGGCCUCAAACGAACAACUCCGCGGAGCUGAAUGCGAUCAUCCGUGCUCUUGAGACUGCGCCAAAUGACCGACCGCUGAUCAUCAAGUCAGACUCGGACUACAGUAUCAAAAGUCUCACUGUCUACCUCGCAAACUGGAAGAACAAUGGGUGGAGAACCGCGGGCGGCCAGCCCGUGAAGAAUUCGAACCUCAUCAAGUACGCCGACCUCUUGAUCACCGAAAGACGUUGCGUGUACCAGCAAUCCAUCGAGCUGUUCAAAGUUGCUGGACACUCAGGUGAAAAGGGCAACGAAGGCGCGGAUGCGCUCGCGAACGCCGGGGCCGUGAAGCCUGAAGUACCAGACCGCGACUGGGAAGGCCUGACCAGACGCACCACUGAGCGCAUGCACGCCGCUUUGCAACACAACUCGACGAUGACAACUCGCAGCGCUCCCGCGACAUCGUCGGUGCCGCCUGAACGAGCCGCUCCUGCCACCCCCACCUCAUCCAGGACUGCAAGUGCUCCAACCGUAUCUGCGUCGACGAGCGAGACGACGUUCGGCACGUCGUCGUCUUCACGGUUAUCCUGCCUCAGGGCGGCCAUCGAAGCGUCUCUCGCCGCUCCGCCAGCCCCUCGGCCUCCCAAUCGCAUCAGCGAACCAACACGUGCUGCCCCGCAUGUUGAAGUUGAGGAGGAACCGAGAAUCCAUGGGAGACCGGACGCCGUCAUUUUGCAGAAAGAGCUCGAGUGGUACGCUGACUGUCUGCUAUCAGACGAUGAACUCCUUCUCGAAGCACAGGAGCAAGGGGUUAUGUGA